GUCAUCACACAACAGCUGAUGACGACUGGAACUAAUUUAUUAUUGCGCUUUGACGUAUACAUACUUACUCCCUUUCGGGAAAAAGUGAGACUCUGUCUCUGAGCCCGAAGAACAAGUUCGACAGCUUCUAAUCAAAUACCUGCGGUCGAUACCUCUGAUAAGAGCGAAAUAUUCCCACAGCAGGGCGAGCGCCCGCAACGGCAGUGAGGUCAAUCAGAGGACACGAGAGGCCCGUUUUCCGGCGGAGUCGGCGCAGUCGCAGUGGCCUAUCGCAACAACCGCUGGUCGCAACCACCGAGGGUCGUCUUCCGGUUCCGGCCGCAUUAUUUACUUCCGCUACCGUAUCAACCCACGCGACAGUAUCUACUAUCUAGCGCCCCCCACCCGCGCGUGGAAAAAGUUGUGCAUGUGUGUUUAACGCCAUGGCCGAACUACAAAUGGAAGUUUUUCUUCAAAGAGUCAGAGAUCAUAGAUUUCUGUACGAUAAAAGCCACCCAGACUACAAAGACACGCAGCUAAAGGAAGCCAGGUGGGCAUUGAUCGCCGAGGAAUUUGGCAUGAAGCCGGACACGUGCGAAAAAAAGUGGCGAAACGCCAGGGACCACUGUGUCAAGAUUCGAAACAAAAUCACCAGUGGGAUGCGAAGUGGCAUGGCGGCAUACCAGUUGCCGACUGUGAAAUGGCCGCAUUAUGAAAUUGUAUCAAGUAUGCUGGGACCACUGCCGUUGGGGUCGAAUAUUACAAAUGCGUCCUCCCUUACGGUACCACAGAGGACCACAGCUCCGACACCACCUGUAGCGCAGAGCUCCGUGGCGAGCACUUGCUUGGCCAGGUUACUGACAGCGGAGUCCAAUAGCCAGGAAUUUACGCAACUGCCGUCCCCUUCCUACCCCUCCUCACCCUGCAUAGCUGGGGACGUGUCGGAGCAGACACUGUGCCACCCAAAUUCAAAUGGAGCUGGAGAGGAUGAACUUGAGACGCGGUUAUCGUGCAACGAGCACUGGACCCAAGAGAGGCAUGGCGAAGCCGCGGUGUCUGCCCAGGACAAAGGACGAACGAGCAGCUGUAGCACACAAGCAGAAAUGAGAGGAAGAACGGCUGGCGAUCUUUCAAUGGACGGUACAAUUCAAAGGACACUGGAGGCGUGCGUCGCCGAGCUGAACGGAUUGCACAGGGAAACAGACGACGUCUGCAUGAACCAUGGGAUAGCCAUUGGUUCCAGGUUGAAAGAGCUGCCCAGGAGGCUGCGUUCUCGGGUGCUGCAUAAAAUAGAUGAGGCGUUUUACGAAGUCGAACAAGAAUUAUAUUCAAAAGACUUGGAUCAGUAAAAUACUUUAUUGUUUGUAGCAUAUCACAGACGUUGUCUACUUUACCUUUAUGCUUUUUGGAACAUAGUUAUCUUGCCAUUAGUUCUCAUAAGAGAUAUUUCUCGUGUGAAUUACUAAGUGUUGUUAUGUGUUACGUUAUAUUACUAUUUAACGUGCUAUGUGGAAGCGCUGUUUUAAGCGGAGCAACAAAAAAUUACACCCAAAUCUCCUCCUUUCAUCUCCUUUUCACGCUUUUGUGAAUAAAAACAUUAUUAUUAUUA